AUGAAGGACUUUCAAGAGGUCACUCAAGAUCUUCACCUUCAAGACCACCCUUUCUUUGGUAAAAACAAAAUAGACACCAUACGAAUUCUUGUUAAUGAACAAGGCAAAAGGCUUGAAACCUUUGAUGAAAUGGCUUCUGAAGCUUUACAACUUCCUAAUACUUUCAUUGGUUGGAUUGAAUCCUGCUUUAACGAAGCCAGAUACUCCAUCUCGUUCAAUGGAAGCUUGAUUGGCUUUUUCAAAGGUGCAAGGGGAAUAAGACAAGGUGACCCUCUAUCUCCUAUCUUAUUUGUUAUUGCAAUUAAUGUCCUCUCUUGUCUCCUUAACUUGGUUGCUACUAAAGGCUUGUUUGGAUAUCAUCCUAAAUGUAAGAAGCUCGGCCUCACUUACCUUUAUUUUGUAGAUGACCUGUUAAUAUUCUGUAAGGGAAAUAUUGAAUCUGUUUAUGGAGUCAUUAGUGUCUUGGACCAAUUAUAUGAAAUGUCUGGGCUAAAACUUAAUUAUGCCAAAUGUGAACUUUAUAUUGUUGGAAUCACUUUCAGAAAUCUUGAGCAUAUUUUACAGUCCACGGGAUUCAAACAAGGAUGCUUUCUAGUGAGAUACUUAGGAGUUCCUUUAGUCACAAGGAAACUCAUUGAAAAGGACUGUGUGGUCCUUAUUGAAAAGAUCAAAUCAAAACUUCACCACUGGAUUGAACAACUUUGCUCCAGAUUUUUCUGGAAAGACACUGAUAAGGUUGCCUCUGGAGCCAGAGAACAUUCUUGCGGGAGAGGGAUCAUUGUGGGUAGCUUAGAUCAAAAGCUACGUUAUCAAAGAUGCAAACUUUCUAUUAGCGGAAGAUAUAGCAAAUUCAAGUUGGUGUAUCAGGCGCUUACUCAAUCUAAGAGCAGUUGCAAUCUCUGUUUUAUCCACAUGAGCAACGACGACAAAAGAUUUCUGGAAAGAAAUACGGAUAGACUUCCAACUAGAGAGAGGCUCCUGAGAUUGGGAAUUUUAAUCGAUGGUUCAUGUAUAAUUUGCAAAGAAGCAAUGGAGACUACGGACCACCUGUUUAGCGAGUGCUCUCUGGCAGUUUCCUUAUGGAAGGCUAUUCUGAAUCUCUCCGGCUUAAGCACUCCUUCAUUACCUUGGGUGAGCAUGUUAGACUGGGCCAGUGGUGCUUGGAAAGCUCUAGUUAGGAAGUAUGAUAGAAGGAUUGAUGAUCGAGUGUGGAGUAUACAUGGUGCUAUGGGACAAAGCCAAAGAGAUGAAGCAGAAAACUUGGUACCAGUGGUAACAGUUGAUGUAGAUUCACAUGAAACAACAUAA